UCUAGUUCCAUUCUUCACCUCACCGAAAAUGGAUCAUUUUCGCAAAGCCGCGACCAAAGUGCGCCUCCAGUACCGUAUCCUUAAGGUCAUCUACUGGCACUACGAACCGGACAAGGACUACUAUCGUUUGGUGAACAUUUUUCUCGCAAUUUCGGGAAUUUACUACACUCCUACCAAAUUUUGGCACCAGAUUGCUUGGGGCUUGGUGCAGGCUAUUUCUGUUUGCCACUAUUUUUUGACGUUGACCCAUUUCAUUGAGGCGCUGAUGGAUUGGCCCCAUCUGGUGCCGAUUAUUUGGAACUUUGUCGAAUUUUUCAUGAUGUGCACGGCUUUGGGUAAAAGUCACGUUAUAUGCUCCCACAUGGAUUCUAUAUUGGAGACCCAGAGAUUUGUCAACCGACGGCAGGCUUCUUCCGGGAAUGCUGCUGAGGAUGCGAAAGCUCGGGAAGUGCUUUUCAAAAUUAUUCAAACAUUACCUGGGACUUUGAUAUGGGUGGUUGGGAACGUUAUUAUAUUAGCUGCUAUUACGAUUGGUCCAGAUGAUCCGCUCUUCGGACAGUCGCAGCUUUUUCAUAGACAUCUCAGCGGAUGGAAAGCGAGAAUUGCGCAUAUCAUUUUCAACUCCACUUUGUUUCCCAUAUGGGUUGGAAAAACGUACUGUUCAACCAUUUUGAUAUCCUGCUUGUUGAUGGGACUGAAAACUGAGCUAACACUUGCAACGCAAAAAUUUGGCUCUGUUUGUGACAAUUUCGAAAAGUUGGGCAUGGAAAGAUUCCAGGAAUCCCUUUUGGCGUGCAUCAAACAGCAAAUGCUUAUACUGGAUCAACUUCUGAAACUGCAGUCACUGGUGCGGUUCGACUUUUUGGUUGUCUACUAUGGAGCAUUGGUCACGAUCGGAUCGCUCAUAUUCAUUCCUACGACCGAUGGCCUCACGAUAGGAAGCUUCAUCCUAACGCUGGGGAUUACGGUGUUCUUUAUCGAAAGCUACUUGUGGUGCUGGCUGGUGGAAUCGUUCCGAAAUAUUAACGACACAAUCGAGGAGAAGAUUAUGGACGUGAUAGUUAUGAUUCCACAUGAUCCGUCUCGUCAUUCGGAGUACAUUCGGCUUCGGACUCAGCUGAUGAUAAUGAAGAUCGGUACCCGAUUCAGUGCCAAGUUCAAUUGCGGAGGAGUUUUCGAUAUCACCGUUGAAGCCGUUGGGAAACUGCUGAACAUCACGUACUCGUUGGUUACCUUCUUGCUGAAUUUCACAUAAUGAGUGAAAUAGUGCUAGUGCUAGAAUAGUAUGUCCCCUAAUGGAUUGUUAAAGUGAAUAACAUUUUGUGGAAAAAAUAUAAAUUGAUCAUGAAC